AUGCGUGAUUUCAAAGUAUGUUUUUCCAAUAAAUUUUCAAAAUUUUUCAACGAUUACUAAUUUAUUAGCGUAUGCAACAAGAUCCACCUUCAGGAGUUUCAGCAUCACCUUUACCAGAUAAUGUAAUGAAAUGGAAUGCGGUUAUUAUAGGACCACUGGAUACACCAUUUGAAGACGGUACAUUUAAAUUAUUAUUACAAUUUGAUGAACAAUAUCCAAAUAAACCACCACAAGUUAAAUUUAUAAGUGAAAUGUUUCAUCCAAAUGUAUAUGCAAGUGGUGAAUUGUGUUUAGAUAUUUUACAAAAUCGAUGGAGUCCAACUUAUGAUGUUAGUUCAAUAUUAACAAGUAUACAAUCAUUAUUAAAUGAUCCAAAUAUUUCAAGUCCCGCUAAUGUUGAAGCUGCAAAUUUAUACAAAGAUCAUAGAUCACAAUAUGUUAAAAGAGUAAGAGAGACUGUAGAAACUAGUUGGAUGGAAGAUGAUGAAGAUGAUGACGAUGAUGAUGAAGAAGAAGAAGAAGAAGAAGAAGAACAAGAAAAUGGAAAUGAAAUUGAAUAA